UCUUUUUAUCUUUUUUUUUUUAUCUUUUCACUUAGGUUCUGCCAUCCCGUCCCGUCUCUCCUUUUCUGGCCUCCUUCUCUUCUUUUUUUCUUUUUCCUUUCCUCCCUCGCCAGGAACCCCGACCUAACGACAGCCUCUCAUCACAUCUCGGCCGAGCCUCCGCUCUUCGACCGGCCCAUGCCACAAAACAGCGGCAGCUAACCGGCUCUCCUUUGAUUACUCUGUCUCGUGUCCUUCCCUCUCGUGCGGCCUCCCUCCCGACAGCCAUGUCGCACGUCCUCCCCCAGGACCCCGGGUCGCCGGACCACAGCGGCGACCUCGACCUCAAAAACGGCAAGGAUGGCGCUCGACUGACGGACGGCCGACCCUCGGAUGCCGAGGGCGAGUCGGCCGACCAGAUGCUUGAGCACCUGGGCUACACGCCCGAGCUGAGCCGCAACCGCUCCACGGCGCAGGUGGCCUUCAUGUCCUUUGUGCUCGCCUCGAUCCCCUACGGCCUGGCCACCACCAUGAUUUACCCCCUUAUUGGUGGCGGUCCUGUCAACAUCAUCUGGGGCUGGCUGCUCGUCUCGUGCAUCAUUCUGUGUGUUGCUGCGUCGCUGGGUGAAAUCACGAGCGUGUACCCGACAGCCGGAGGCGUGUAUUACCAGGCCUUCAUGCUGGCCCCGGCCGCCUGGCGCCGCGCAACGGCCUGGAUUUGCGGCUGGCUCUAUGUCGUCGGCAACAUCACCAUCACACUGGCUGUCAAUUUCGGAACCACCCUCUUCUUCGUCGCCUGUAUCAACGUGUUCAAGGGCGAGCCAUACAUGACCGAAGUAGACGGCGUCAUGGUAGAGACGCAGGACGGUGUGUUCGCCGGCGAGGCGUAUCAGGUCUUCCUCAUCUUCCUGGCCAUCACGUUCCUGUGCAACCUCGUGUCUGCGCUGGGUAACAGGUGGCUGCCAUGGCUUGAUACUGCUGCCAUCUUCUGGACGUUCGCCGGUCUUUUUGCCAUUGUCAUUUCCGUGCUCGCUAUUGCCAAGAACGGUCGCCACGACGCCGCUUACGUGUUUGGCCACUUCGAGGCCAACUCGGGAUGGCCUGAUGGAUGGUCCUUCUGCGUUGGUCUCCUGCACGCCGGAUACGCGACCUCGUCGACUGGCAUGAUCAUCAGCAUGUGUGAGGAAGUGCAGAAGCCAGCGACCCAGGUGCCCAAGGCCAUGGUGGCCACCAUCUUCAUCAACACCUUCGCCGGCCUCUUGUUCCUGAUCCCGCUCGUCUUCGUGCUGCCCGACAUCACGUACUUGAUCAGCCUGGCCUCGGGUCAGCCGGUGCCCGAGAUCAUUCUCAGCGCUGUUGGCGCGCCCGGCCCGGCCAUCGCCCUGCUCAUCCCGCUCAUGGUGCUCGCCAUCAUGUGCGGUAUUUGCUGCACCACGGCCGCCUCGCGCUGCACCUGGGCCUUUGCCCGCGACGGAGCUAUUCCCGGAGCCAGCUGGUGGCGCGUUGUCAACAACAAGCUUGACGUGCCUCUGAACGCCAUGAUGUUAUCUAUGGUCGUCCAGAUCGUGCUGUCCCUCAUUUACUUUGGCUCCUCGGCAGCCUUCAACGCCUUUUCGGGCGUGGGUGUCAUCUGUCUGACUGCCUCGUACGCAACCCCCAUCGCCAUCAACCUGUUCACGGGCCGCAGGCAAGUCCAGGGCGCCCCCUUCCCGCUCCGCGGCGGCCUAGGUUACUUUUGCAACAUUGUCGCGCUCGCCUGGUCCGCGCUCGCCAUGCCGCUCUUCUGCAUGCCCAGCAUCGUCCCCGUCACAGCUACCACUGUCAACUACGCCCCUGUUGUCUUUGUCAGCGCCACCCUCAUCUCGGCCGGAUGGUAUAUCGCCUGGGGAAAGAAGCACUACACCGGCCCGCCGAUUCAAGACCCUGCCCACUAAAGGGAUUGGUCGCAUUCUGCUGGGCGUAAACCUCCCGACCGCCUGGGCAGCAGCUGUGGUCUGAAAGGCGGUGCAGCGGCGGUGGGCUACCCGGCCAGCUGUUUCAACAACCUACCGCGCCUUGAAGCUGUCAUCUCGGAUGAUGAAGAACCGACCGAUCCGAGUCUCUCCUGUGCUACUCCUCCUUGGUUGCUUGCAGUGGAGUUAAUCAUGAAAUCGUGUCGACAUAAUCUUGUUCAUGGCUCGCACCAUGGAACGUGACUUUUGAUAUAUAUACCUACCUCUAUAUAUAUAUAUAUAUAUAUAUAUAUAUA